AUGAACCGAUACGUCGAAGUGAGCCUCAGCUGGCUCCUGCAGAGCUCCCGCGGCCAUGAAGCCAAGUGUUUCCACAAAUCCCCUGCCUUCGCCUCCCACGCCGACCAGAUCAUCACCGUCACGUCCCCGGACUGCGGCCCGUCCCCCGCAACCCUAGGCCCGGAGUACAUCACCGAGGGAGGCGGCCGGAUUCCCGCACUCUCGUGGACGGCGCCGUUGGAUAUCGAAUCGAGGGUGAAGGAGUGGCUCAUCGUUGUCGAGGACCCGGACGCACCCUUGCCGACGCCCAUCUGCCAUGGCGUCUAUGGAGGAAUCGCCCCUGAGACAAAGCAAGUAAACCCCAGGGACUUCGAGAUCGAGGAUGAGAGCCGGUCCCUCCUGAGGGGAGGCUUCUAUUGGGGCAAGGGGCGGCGGGAGGGCGUUUACACCCCGCCGCGGCCGCUGCUGAACCACGGCACCCACAGAUAUCUCUUCCAGGUCGUGGCGCUGAGCGAGCCCCUGGACAGGAAGAUGCUGGAGUCCCGCGCCACGAGGGAGCAGGCUGCCGAAGCCGUCAAGGACAAAGUGCUGGGCUGGGGCGUGUGGAUCGGGGCCUGCGAGAGGAAGUGGACUUGA